AUGAUGUCUGGCCACCCCAUCUUAUGCCACAUCCUCGAAGCUAGCAUGCGACAGACGUGGGGAGCCAACCGCCAGCGUUGGAGCAACGUCCUCAGCCUUUCGGAGCUGCCGGCGGAACAUCUGUCGGCGCUCGAUCUGCCUCUCGCAUUCGGAAUUAUCCGUCGUCAGUCGGAUCCCAUACGUGCGUGGCCGGAAUGCGCGCGUACACGUUACUCCGGUACCAAGGGUGCCUGUUGUGCCUAUGAGGAUGCCCGGCGCCGGCAUCCCGUCGACCACCUGCCCGGUAUCAUGCUCCUGGAACGAAUCGAGAAGGCUCUGGCGGUUCGGAGUCGUCGAGAGGACCAGCGAAGCGUGCUGUUCGGGAAACUCCGCCUGGACGGCCUAUGGGUCCAACCACGACAGAAUGACCAGCUUCUCCUCCCGGCCGCCACAGUCGACCCCCAGCCCAUGGAUAAUGCGAAAGAGCGCUUGGAGCUUCGGGCUCGGGUCGACGACUCGCGCCAGGUGCGUCGCGAACCAGGACUCCUGGGGUCGGACGUCCCAGCCCUGUUCGCUCAGCCGAUCGAUCGUCAAGGGCAGGUCCGACCGCUCUUGGUAGAUCGGAUAAAGGGCCGGGAAGGUGACGAAAACCCGGAGACGCUGCAAGGUUGCCCCGAGAAGGACCGCAGGGGCAAGGGAACCGGGCGUCCUUCGUCCUUGGAACCGUUGGGCGUCCGCAUUGGUCGUGCGGUCAAGCGGCUGAAGCUGUGCCAGGAACGGGGCGGGGAUCGGACAGUUGAUGUCGAUAGAACGAUGCGGGGAUCGCCCGGGGAGGCCUCGAACGGGGUCCCCGACAUGAACCACACCGGCGGGGGGGGUGGUUGUCGGGGCAACGUCGGUGGGAUCGGUGGACGGCCCCACCCGUCGCGUAGGCCCGCGGAGGCCGCGCAGGGCACGGAGGCUAUUGGUCUGGCGGCCUUUCUCCUCGUGGCACUCGUCCCGGAAGGCCCGCGACCAGAUCGUGGUGUCCCGGAAGAAGUAUCGCACCGGCGGCUGUGGUGCUCUGAGUCCUCCCUUCGGUCCGCGCUGCCGCGGCCGCGCCUGCGCAAAACGCACCGCGAGCGGCUCGACCACCUGCGUCUGGAAGGAUUUGGGCGUCGUGAGGAUCACGUACCGAUCCUGGCCCGGUCGCGCGAGAGGCUGGUUCCGACGCAUAUCCUCCAGCGCCGCGUGGGAGGGGCUGUACCCGAGGAGGAGCUCGAGGUCGACCACCUGCUCGUCCACGUUCAACGUCCACUCCUUGACCCAGUGGACCAUCAGCUUCGGGGGCACCAUGAAGAGCUGGAGCCCGCAGCUGGGCUGCAGACGGCUGGUCGGGCUUCCGAAUUCGCAGGGACAGCAGAUGGGAUACGGGUUGCGACCCGAACUGGGGCAUCGCCGGCGAGGGUCUACGUUGGUGGCUGGCAGGUGCGUGGCGCCGCUGGUCUCUCGCGCCUGCUGCACAGCCUCGGUGGCCCGCAUCACCCACCGCGCGACCACGACCGUGGCUUGCGCAAUAAAGGUCUUCCCGAUGCCCAUGUCGUCCGCCUCGAACCCGCCCGUGCCGGUCGUGGUUUCGCUGUGCAGGAUCCACCACACCGCAAAGGCCUGAUUGGAGUCUUCGGCAAUCUGGUAAAACCGGCGGCAUUCAGCCCAUCGCUCCGCGGUGUACUGGUCGAUCUUGAGUGCCUCUUGGAACUGGCGAAGUCUGCGUGGAUCAGGAGUGUCCGAACCGAUCUCGAUCACCUCAGGCGGGUCAGGCGUGGCUGGCCGAGGAGAUGGGCUCUCGUGGCCACGACUGCUGUUCGCAUCUCCGGCUAUAUCGCCGCCUGUAUCUUUAGCGUCAUCAACGUCACUAGCAUCACUGGCACGGCGAGGGUCAUGCCCGACAUCCCAACCGCCGAGGUCAUCGGGAGGGCCAGUCGCGCACGCCCCGACGCUGGGACCUGCAUUCUCUUCCCUGCCUUCGUUGCAGGGUGGCCCCGGCUGCAUCCAACCAAGAUCGUUCCAUCGGGCUUCAUCCGCACCCCUCUGUUCAUCCGCACCCCUCUGUUCAUCCGCACCUCCCUGGCGUCUUCCACCCCAGUCUACAGCCGCUUUGGGUGGUGCUCGUGCUCGCUGGCAGGGUCUCCGGCCCGACCUCGCUUGGAUCCUGAGAUCAUCUUGGUUAUAGGAAGCUCGGCGGGGGAUAGCCGUGCCAGCUUGCUGCAUCUCAAUCAUCGCCGUCACCCACGUACUUUGGCCUCGGACGGUGUUUACCGGUGGGGAGGCUUCGGCAGCCUCAGCAGGAUCUCUCCACAGGAUUUCAUCCUGCAGAUCGUCGUACCCGAACUCUUGCUUCAGGUCCUCGGUGAAUUUGCUGAACACGAGCUGGUUAACGUCGAUCGCCGCGCUGGCCGAGACCUUCCUGGGGGGCUCAAGGUACAGGCUGAUCUGGAACCGACACCGUUGGCUCGCCCUGGUGCGAAAGACUCGGAUCACGCUGUCGUACAGUAA